GAAACGAGCACCAGAGCUGACCGUCAGCGCAGAUAGCAAGCACGAGCUCAGGCUAACUCGCACUCGGUUUGGAUUUUGGGAUGGAAACUCGUGCGGCUGCGCGGAGCUCUCGCUCCUCCAACACUCUUACCUUUAAAAGUGGUUUGACUCAAUGGUUGGUGGUGUGGCUGUUGGCAUGUCGCUGUGCACCGGGUCAGGCAUGUCCCAGGCUGUGUGUAUGCUACCAUACACCCAUGACUGUCAGCUGCCAGUCUCAGAAUUACACAGCUGUCCCUGUUGGCGUGCCUUAUGACUCCCAGCGUGUCUUCUUGCAGAACAACCGCAUCACUGAGCUCAGAGCUGACUCUUUUGGUUUCGAGACACAGGUCCUAUGGCUAUACUCUAAUAACAUUUCAUGGAUCGAAGCAGGUGCAUUUAGUAAUCUGCGUGUACUGGAGGAGCUAGAUUUGAGUGACAACCCAUCAUUGCGCAGGCUGGACGGAGGCGCAUUUAGGGGGCUGGAGCGACUACAGAGUCUUCACAUGCACCGUUGUCACCUAGCAGAGCUGCCCGCAGACCUCUUUCACAAGCUGUACAGCCUCCAGUUCCUCUACCUGCAGGAGAACCAGCUCACCCACCUCCCUGACGGCCUGUUCUCCGACCUGGUCAAUCUCACCCACUUAUUCCUUUAUGGCAACCGCAUUAGAGCCCUCUCUGAAAACGCCUUCCGCGGCCUGGUGAAUCUCGACCGUCUCCUGCUGCACGACAACCGCAUUCGGCAAGUCCAUCGGCGAGCUUUCCGUGACCUGGGCCGAUUGACGAUCCUGUAUCUGUUCGACAACUCUCUGCAGGAGCUUCCAGGCCAGGUGCUGAAGGACACAUCAUCGGUGCAGUUCCUCAGGCUCAAUGGCAACCCCUGGACCUGCGGCUGUGAAGCCAGGUCGCUCUGGGAGUGGUUCCGCAAAGCUCGGAUUUCCAGCUCAGACCUAACCUGCACGUCACCAGCCCCCCGUAAAGGCCAGGAUCUAAGGUUCUUGCGGGAGCUGGACUUUGCCCUCUGCCCACUGCCUGACCCAGGAUCCAUGGCUGGCACUACAACCACCACCUUUAGCACCAAAACACGUUGGUGGUUCUCGAAGAACAAACCAGCAUCGUCAUCCAAGAGCUCCUUUCACAAAAGUACGGAGACACAAAAGGCCUUUCCGUUCACCUCCUUCAAACAUUCCUCAUCUUCCUUGUCCUCCAAAUACGAUCUCACAGCAGAGGAGGCCGCGUUACCCAAGUUGGAGCCCGAAGAGUACUGGACGAAUUAUGGCAAUGAGGAUGCAGCCUCAGUCCGCUGUUUUGAGCUCGAAUGUCCACCCGAUGACGACUCUCCUGUUCUCUCAUCUUCAACUUCUCUUCUGUCCUUCUUCUCACUCACAGCAUUGACUCUUUCUUUCCAUCUGCUCUUCGGCUGAGUUUUCUUUCUAUUCUUCCUCCUCCUCCUAUGUUAUUCUCCAUUUCGCCUGCGAUGGGCCUGAUGCUGACAGAUGCAUAGAAGCAGCCAUGCAGAAAAGGGAGACGAGACUGUCACGUAACAAGUUUCAUGCUGUAACAAUCUCUCCCACACAAACGCAUGCACACAUACAUGGUGCAGGUCAUACAAAAGUGACGGGGCUAUUGCAUGCACGAACUCCCAGCACUAACUCAAGUCAUGUCCUUCUCUAAAAUCAAGAGAACAGGACAAGCAGAGGGUAAACAAGAUAGAAGGAGAGAGAGAAAUAAAGGCAGAUUAAACUUGGGAGAGGCGAAAACGGUGGGGAAAAGUCUCUAAUCAGAGAGGUUAAACUCUCAUACCAGCAAAUGAGACUGUGUAAAUAAUGAACGACCAUCUUAUCCACUGUAAAAAAGAAAACACACAUGCUUACACACCUACUUGUGAACUAUUUUUCUAACAGGAGACAGAACAUGCUAAUGACAGUACAUUAGAGAUUAGAUUUCAUUUUCUUUUUGGUGAUUGUUGCCGACUUUCUGUGGAUUAAAGGAGGUAAAUGAAACACUACACCAGACACAACACCACAUGCAAUGGCCCAAAAAGUAUUUGAGUUUAUAGGUUUAAAUUGAUAUCAGUAGAGAUACUGUUAAAAAUGGCAAAAAGUAUUUGGCCACUUUGUAGUUGCCAAACAUUAGUGGAACAUGUUCAUAGUAACUACAAACAAACAAACAAACAAACAAAAGCUCAGAAAAGUAAAGAUAGUUCUGAGAAAGUCUAGCAUCAUUUGUUUGUGGAUGCCACUUGGUUUGAUAUUUGCUAUCUUAUGCAAUGAAAUUAAUUCAUUUUUAAGAGUGGUUUAAGUGUCCAAAUACUUUUUGGGGCCACUGUAAAUUAUGAGACUGAUAAAAUGGAAGAAAAAAUGGACUGAGAAAGACCUUUCCUUUAAUAUGUUUUCUUUUGUAGUGUUUCAUGUUGAUCAUCUUCACUUAAAACUGUGUUAAGUACUUUGGGCUGUGUUAGUUAAUCUGAGCUGUGCCAGAUACUUUAGGUAUCAAGUAAAGUUAGGGCAGGAAGUCGAUGUUUAAUUCAAGUACCCAGGAAUCUGUGUUUUCCAUGUCUGUAAGAUAUCCCAGUCUUUCGCUAUGAGCAAGUGUUCAGCUGUAUACUGAAUUAAAUGGUAAACAGGAUUAUUCUUUCUGUCUAAAAACCUGUAAAUAAACCACCAUCAAUAAAUAUUCAU